UGCUAUACAAAUACAUUAUAUUUAUCAGUUAGUGUUUAUCAAAUAUAAGGUAUAUUAGAAUUUAUUUAAAAAGCACUUGAACUAAAUAUCCCUAAAGUAUUUAGCAAGUACUUGGUAAAUGCUUUGACUAAUUCAUGAUGAAGUCAAUUCAAAAAUGAUUGCUAGUUGUGUGAAUGAAAUCUUCUUGACCAUGGAUACUACUUCAGCUCAUGAUUUUAACUCAGAUAACUUCAACACUAAUGAAUCUGAUUCUGAUGCCAAUAAAUCUGAUUCUGAUGUAUAUUUCAAAUCUAAUGACUCUGACUCCGAUGAUGAGUAUGAUCACAAAUUUUAUAAAAGGCUCCAGUGUAAAGAAAUGGCUUGAUUAGCAAAGUUAGAGAAAAAAACACUAAGCCUGCUGAUGAUGAUUUUGAUAAAAUACUCAUGGAAAUCCAUGAGAACCAUGAUAUAUAUUUUGAUAAUUCCAUACCUCAGUUAGUAAUGAAUCCUAUUAUCUCUC